AUGGCAACCACAAAAGGAUUGGAAAUUUNUUAUGUGAAGUUUCCUCUUCUGCCAGCCUCGUAUCUGAUGGGCAAAGUGGAGCAGGAGCCCAUGAUGAAGAAAGAUCUGGACUGCAGAGAUUAUAUUGAUGAGGCCAAGCAUUACCAGUUGUUUCUGUCUGGUGUUUAUCCCACUGUUAAACUGUCUGAAAGAUUACGACCACGGAAAAGUUGUGCUGGUGUUAUGUUCUGUGUUGGAGGGCGUGGUGGGACAGGUGAUCCAUUCAAGUCCAUAGAGUGUUAUGAUUUAAGGAACAACAGGUGGCUGACCAUCAGUGAGAUGACCACCAAGAGGAGACACGUGGGUGUGGUGUCUGUAGAUGGUCUCCUGUACAGCAUAGGUGGUCAUGAUGGUAAUGAGCACCUGAACAGCUGCGAGGUGUUUGACCCUGUGACUAAUAAAUGGAAAGCCAUUGCUUCUAUGGCAACAUACAGACGUGGUAUUGCAGUGGCUUCCCUGAAUGGUCCAAUAUAUGUUGUUGGUGGUCUUGAUGACUCUACCUGUUUUAAUCAAGUGGAAAGAUAUGAUAUCCAAUCAGAUUCCUGGAGUUUUGUUGCCCCGAUGAACACUCCAAGAGGUGGUGUUGGUGUAGGUGCUCUUAAGAACAUGCUGUAUGCCGUAGGUGGGAAUGAUGGCACUACUUCUCUGGACACAUGUGAGCGCUACGACCCACAUGUGAACCGGUGGACAUUUGUGGCCAGCAUGAAGAAGAGACGAGCAGGAGCAGGGGUGGCAGUCCUGGAUGGAUAUCUCUUUGUUGUGGGAGGGUUUGACGACAACUCUCCCCAGGACUCUGUGGAAAGGUACGACCCUGUUACCAACACGUGGGAGGUUUUAACUGUCAUGUCACGGCCACGAGGUGGCGUUGGUGUAGCUGCACUUGGUGGAAAGAUUUAUGCGGUUGGCGGUCACGAUGGAACCAAUUAUUUGAAUUCUGUGGAAGCCUUUGAUCCCAUUUCAAACAGCUGGGACAGUGCGGCAGGUGUACAGAGUGGUCGCGCAGGUGCAGGUGUCACGGUGGUGGACUGCCUCAUACACAGCAUACGAAAGCAGGAUAAACUUCACUUAUCCUCUACAGGUACAAGGAGCCCGACCAGUCUCCCUUCCCCCACCCCCAUCCCCACCCCUUUCACUUGUUUCUGGUUUGUGAUAACAUUCCUGUAUUUUCAACACAUAAGCUGCAUUCAGAUAUGGCUGAAAUAUCAAUUUAUUUCCUCAUUUUUUAUUGCAAUGUUUAGAUUAUUUCACUGAGUCUUGUGUUACAUGCAUAGAGACCCCAAAAUAUCUCAAGCGUCUGAAUUUCUGGUCACUGUGGUUUAAUAUGAUUAUCUGAAGACGGUAUUUUCUACCACAUAGUUCAGCAUUAGAAUUUAUCUAAGUGCAGCUGAUGGUUUUUUUUCUGCUCCCUCCAAAUUUCAUAAAAUUUUUCAUUUUAAGAUAUGAUGUGCUAUAUAAAAUAUGCCUGUGUUUCUUGGUUAAAUUAUCCCAUUCUAAAUUAAAACUCAUUGUUUUCCCUAAGAUGUACGGUUUAUUCCAUGGACCUUUCCUCUUUUAAUCACUUUAUAAAGUUUUUAUGAAGUAUUUUAAUAUUCAUGUUGUUAAGAUAUCUGUGUGUAAAAAGGCUUUGAAUGUUUGUACAUUUCCCUGAAGAAUAGUUAGAAUAACUAUUCAAAUCUAAACUAAAUUUACAUCAUACAUGUAUGAAAAGCAAAUGUCAUCAGUACAAAAAUAUGAUAGUGAAAUAGUGUUAAGAUUCAUAAAAUGCAACAAACAUAUUGUGAUAAUUUUUUUUUUCUUGUAUUAAUUUUUUUGUGAAUCGUAUACUAGUAGGAGAUCUAUGAAUAUAUGAUGUUUCCAAGUUUUCAUCUAUUUAUUUAUUUUUAUUUUAUUUUAUUUUUUAUUUUUAUGAAGAUAUUCAAAUGACUUACAAAAACUGAAAUAUUGGACAGCAAAUAAGUCAAUUUACUCUUAGAUGAAACUUACACAACUUGAAGCCAAUGAACAAAAAUUCAGUGAAAAGCAACAUAAAAUAUGAAAUAGAUGAUCGGAUUUUUAAAGUGAUUUUGCUAUAUAAACGUCAGCAGUAUGGUUGGUACAAGCUCUUUCCCUAUCAGCUAACACCAGUGUUAUUUGGAAUGUUGCUAAACCCAGUACAAGGGGCUGUGGCAUUAGUUUAAAAAAAAGCAUGCAUUCCUUCUUCUUCACUGUUCAUAACCUUUGUUAAGUAGACUCUGCCAUUUAUGUACCAGGGUUUCAAUGAUGGGAACUUGGUGUAUUUUUUUUUUUUUUUUCUCUGACAAAAGCUGAAAAAAUUUGGUUAUUUCCCAGUCACUACAAAAUUCUUGUAUAUUUAUUUUGAUAUUUCCUAUUUGUUUCAUGAAAGUGCAUCAAGGACCCUUAAAAGUUAGCACAGAGCUGACCUAAUGAAAACCCUGUGUACAUUAUUGCUUCAAAUUAGACAUGGAAAGGGUGGUUCAUGCUAAAGAUGACAAAGGGGCACGCUUAGUGGACUCAAUAAUUUCAACAACUUUUCUCUAAAACACCAAGGUAUACUCUUCAGGAAACAAUAGGGUUGACCUCAGUGAUUAAAGGCAAAU